AUGCGUCUCCAUCGUCGCAUGUUGUCUUGUCCAGUUCCGAUCGCGGUGACGCAGUCGCUUUCGCUCCGAUGGCUUGCAACGACAGUCCCUAAUGGACAAGACUUUGAUACUGAACAAGCUCCUGAGAUGAAGAGGAAGGAGGAGAAGAAGAUGGGUACAAAAGGCAGUGGUGAUGAUGGCGCAAGUGGACAAGAGGACGGGGACAAUAAGGAGGAGGAGCCGUUCCGGACAAUGGCUGUUGAACUCACGUACCCUAUGCGGAAGCUCCGUACGGACGUGAAUCAGGCCUAUUUUCCAGGUAAAGUGUGCCGUUCGACGUCUCAAGACGUGGAGCUUCGAUCCUUGGUCGGCAACACGCUCAUUACGACGCUCAAAGUGCUGGCGUGGCUCAAGACGGGCUCGAAUGCCAUGCUCUCGGAAGCAAUUCACUCGCUCGUGGACACUGGCAACCAGGCGAUUCUGAUCUUGGGGUUGAAGCAAGCAUCGGGUUCUGGGGUGACGGUUGUCCACGGGAUCCAGUCGCUCUUGGAUCCUCCGAAAGAGCUUUUUCUUUCGUGGGAAGUGUGGGAUGUGCUAGCAGCUUCUUUCGGCAUUGACGGAUGGGUGCUGAAGCGGUCGGUACAGGGACUGAGGGCUUCUCAUCCCCAAGACAUGUCGUUUUACAAGCAUGUGACGCGGACAAAGGAUCCGUUUCUGAUGGCUGUGCUGCUUGAGGAUUUAUCAGCUUGUGUAGGUGUUGUUAUUGCUGGAUGUGGCAUUGGGGCCAGCCACAUUACUGGCAACCCGGUGUGGGACAGUCUCGCUAGUGUAUCGAUUGGCGUGCUUCUUGGCGGUGUUGCAAUAUCGCUCAUUCGAAUGAAUCAGAAGUAUUUAUUGGGCCAGUAA